AUGAACCCCCGGUCCCGGGGCCUGCAACCCAACUUUCAGGCUCGUUUCCCUUCGGGUAGCCCGGGACACGAUGGGUACACGUCAGACCCGUUCCCGGUCAUCGUUGCUCGGGGCAGCGGGCCGCGCAAAUGGGACAUCGACGGUAACGAGUAUGUGGAUUACGGCAUGGGAUCGGCAGCACUGCUGCUGGGUCAUGCUCACCCCGAGGUAGUCAGCGCAUUAUCGGCGGUGCUUGCCGACGGUUCCCACUUUGGCGCUCCCACCGAGCCCAUGCUGGAAUGGGGAGAACGGGUUUGCACGCUGAUGCCGUGCGCUGACAAAGUCCGUUUCGUCGGCUCUGGCGCAGAGGCUACGAUGCUCGCCAUGCGCGUCGCUCGGGGAUACACCGGGAAAGAAAAAAUCAUCCGGUGGGAAUCCCACUACCACGGAUGGCACGACUACGUAAUGCCCGGCAACCUGCCGCCCUUCGAUGUGCCGGCUUCCAUUGGCAUCCCUCAAGGUACGAUCGACUCGAUUAUCGUGCUGCCCACCGACCUCACCGCGCUGGAGAAUGUUCUGGCGAAUGACGACAACAUUGCCGGCGUAAUCACCGAGGCAUCUGGAGCAUCCUACGGAACGGUGCCGUUGCCCGAUGGAUUCCUGGAAGGCGUGCGCCGUCUGACCCGCGAAACACGGCGUGGUGAUGAUCAUGGACGAGGUUAUCACCGGUUUCCGGUGGGCGCCCGGUGGCGCUCAGGAGCGCCUGGGUGUAGAACCCGACCUCUGUACGAUGGCCAAAAUUCUUACUGGGGGCCUACCCGGCGGAGCCGUUGCCGGCCGUGA